AAAUAAUUAAAACUUUUCACGACCUCCAACAAAAAUAUGAAGAAGUGAAAGCAUUUUGAAUAAAAAUGUGGAACAAUAUAGUAAUCAUAACAUUCACUUUAUUUAAUCAGGUAAGGGCCCUGCUCUCUUAGAUGGCCACUUUUAUUUAUUUAUUUUGUUGAAUUUCACUCCUCAGCUGUCAUACUUUAAAUGUCAUCAAGUCUAAUUUUGGUUUGUUUUCAGGUGAAUUGACCCGUGGAGGUGUUAAAAAUGUUAAGAACACAUAAAAAUCUUAUUUAUGGAUGCAGUUAAAGCCCAUAAAUAUCAAUAAACACAGUAAUUAUAAGUGUGAGGACAAACUGCUUUAUGGAUUUGGGGGUUUUCUUUUCCUUGAAUCUAUUUUACCAUUUUCUACAACCUCCCGGAUCACUGCGCAAGAAAUGCGCCACGCAGAGUUCGCAUUGGCUUCAACAGCUGCCUGUCUCUUUAAGACGAUGUGUUGAGAAGUUCACGUCGGGGUCACUUGAAGUUCCUGCCCUCGAUUUUACCUUUUAGUUUUAUUAUAGACUGACAUCACACGGGGCGCUAAAACACUUAAGGCGCAUAGAGGCUCCAUUAUCAUCUCCGUGCGCCUUGUUGCUCCGACUCAAAAAUAGCAAAGGAAAUUAGAAGUAGAAGAAGAAAAAACACGGGAGGAAAAUGAUGCUGCCCUAAGCACGUAGUUUUUUUUUCUUGUUGUAUUUUUUUUUUCUUUUUUGGAAAGGAUGAGAACGAGUGGAGAGGAGGGGCAUUAAGGGAGACAGAGGGAGGAAAAGUGGGUGGGAGGACGUACCCAAGGAGCGAGAAGAAAUUCAUAUCAAUUAAUAAUCAUAAAAAAAGAGCUGGCAGACGCGCUCGGAAAACUGGCAUGGUUUUUUGGAGGCUGGCAGUUCAGCGCUGAAGCGUCAGAUAUGACUCCUGGUGACUGCUGAGAUGAUCAUUAAGGGAGACUUAGAUCGGAUGGCAGAAGACAUCGGGUAUGCAGGUGGCGGACUGAAGACAAUGCUGGAUGCCAUGGAUGUUCCAAGUCAUUCUAGGGAUCUCCUCCUGCAGCUUAACAGCCAGCGUACCAAAGGGUUCCUGUGCGAUGUCAUUAUCGUGGUGCAAAACGCCCUCUUCAGAGCUCACAAGAACAUUCUGGCUGCCAGCAGCCUCUACUUGAAGUCCUUGGUGGUUCAUGAUAACCUCAUCAACUUAGACCAUGAGAUGGUCAGUCCUGGGGUCUUCAGGGUCAUUCUGGACUAUAUCUAUACAGGACGUCUGAGUGAAGGAGACCCUACUUCCCCCACUGAACCAAACCUCGGGGCUGUGUUGGCAGCAGCCAGCUACCUUCAACUGCUCGACUUAGUGGCCUUGUGCAAAAAGAAACUGAGAAGAAAUGGAAAAUACCCUCCCCGACAAGCUCCUGCCUUUCUGCCCUACGCCAAGAUGGGGCCUAACAGCAUGGGCUUUGGGAGUAGAUACAGGGUUUCUACUCCUGUCAUUCAGUCCUGUCCACCUGGAGGACUUUUGAGUACACCCAGACCACAUUCACUAGACGAGCUGGUUCCCCAUCGGCUGGCAGUUCACACCGGGGAAAUAUAUGCUCCAACCUCCAACCAGAGCUCUCAGGUGUUCCCUCCACUACCAGCAGCUCUGCCCGCCCCGCUGGGACGCUCAGCUAAUGAGAGGAACUGCUCCCCUAGCUUUGGCCUUGACCUUUCUAAGAAAAGCCCCACCUCCCAUUCUCAGUUCACACCCUCCCAAACCCAUCUGACAAACAGCCACAACGAAGAAGAACGGGAUGGAACUCAAAGUGGACGCACGAGUCCCAUGCAGGAUACAAAUGGGAGAGCCUUUGCAUCAGAAAAACUUGAGGCCUCCCACAGCCCUCCAGCUUUCCCACAUCUCAACCAGCCUCUUGGUCCCCAUCUCCCUCACCUGCACCGCUCCGGUUCCCAGGGGACCGACCGCUACCCGUGCCCUCCAAGUCCCGAAACGCCCACAGACGGCGGAGAGGCUGGCAGAGAAAGGGGCAACAUCUACCGCUGGGUGAAACACGAGCCACUGCCGUAUCCAGCAGAGGAUGAGGACGAGGACGAGGAUGAAGAAGAAGGGGGUGAAAAUGGAGAGCAGCAUCACAAUCACCACAAGCCAGGGGAGGAGAGCGAAGGAGGAGAUGACAAGAGCGGAUCAGGCACAGAGGAGACAGGCAGUAGCGAGGGUCGUCCAUCGCCUACCGGACCAAUGGGGAGGUUCCACAUGCCGUAUGAGCCGGAGAGCUUCGGGGACAAUGUGUAUGUGUGCAUACCCUGCGACAAAGGCUUUCCCAGCUCAGAGCAGCUCAAUGCUCACGUGGAGACGCACACAGAAGAGGAGCUAUACGGCAACUCCGGAGGAGAGAUGGGAAACAACAACAAUAUCACCAAGAACAUGAGUGAUAACACAAAUGGCUAUGAAAGCCUCAACAGCACUCUGAACAGUCUGUCUCCUCUGGACAACAAGUCCGCCCAAGGCCUGAAUUCAGGCGGCAUCGCUGAACUGAUUCGACCUUACCGCUGUUCCACCUGUGAAAAGUCCUAUAAAGAUCCCGCCACUUUGCGGCAGCACGAGAAGACCCACUGGCUGACGCGGCCUUACCCCUGCAGCAUUUGCGGCAAGAAGUUCACGCAGCGGGGCACCAUGACGCGCCACAUGCGCAGCCACCUGGGCCUUAAACCUUUCGCCUGCGACUCCUGCGGCAUGCGCUUCACACGCCAAUAUCGCCUCACUGAGCACAUGCGAAUCCACUCUGGGGAGAAGCCCUACGAGUGUCAGGUGUGCGGGGGGAAGUUUGCCCAGCAACGCAACCUCAUAAGCCACAUGAAGAUGCACAGCAACGGAGGGACCGGGGGCGGCCUGACCACCGACGGAAAGCUGAAGCUGGACUUUUCCGAGGGCAUCUACCCGCUCAGUAAAUACGCGGCGGAACACCUGGGGCUGAAGCAGGAGAAGGCCAACGAGCUUCUCAUUCAAGCACAGCAGCAGUUGGUGGCAGAUGCCAAGGCCAUAGAGAGCCUCUACCCACUUUCCAAACUUGCCUCAGAGCAUCUUGGCCUCACCCACGACAAAAUGGAUGUCCUGGGUCAACCACUGCCCCCUCCUCUACAAGCCCUCUCUGAGGGCCGCACCAUUGACCGCUACUCCCCCAGCUAAGACAUACACGAUGGGUCUGUGUGCACACGCAACUUGCAGUAUUCUAAAGCCUUUAACCUCAACUCAGUUAUCUCGUCUGCACCUGGGACUCAGGCCACAUGGAAUUGGUCUGCUUAUGCAUACAUACACACCAAAGAAAAAAACUCUUAAGUGCCUUUCUAUGCAUCUAAUGUAUCCUUCAUAAAGGAGCUUUGAGCUUUUAUGUGACCAAGGGGACACUCACUUAAAGACCUUCCGUAUUUAUGUACAGCAUUAUGCAAAGAAACAGUUUUCUGAAAUUCCGCCUUUGAGCCAAAGUGACAAUUUGAAAACCAAAAUGAAAUUGUUUUUAUUUAUUUUUGUAUUGUGAUGAAAUCCAAAGAAAACAUGUUGCAAGGAAAUGUUGCAAUCUGACCCUAAACCUGUGUACUACUCAUUUUUGUACAAAAAAAAAAAAAAAA